CUUAGAUUUUUAAGAAUUGCAGUACCUAGGAAGGUCAUAUGGAUUGUUGGUUCAUCAAUAAUCAAGUGGGCUGCCUAUCAUGCACGGGUUAAUCAUAUAGGGGGAUCACAAUUGGAUUUACAACGUCACAAUGCCUCGUUAUUCUGGCAGGGCAAGGGCGGCAUGAGGUGGUAUCAGGUUUAUAAUUGUAUUCAUCAUUUAUUGAAAUUUGAGGAUCGACCACAUAUUUUAAUUUUACAUUGUGGUGGCAAUGAUAUUGCUCAAGUACCAGUAUUACUACUGAGAAGAAAAAUUUUAAGAACAAUUCAAAUCCUUAAACAUGAAAUGCCUGAUGUAACUUUUGUAUGGUCUCAAAUUUUGCCAAGGCAGAAAUGGCGCAAUGAGAUAUCCCAUCAAGCAAUGGAGAAGGCUCGCAAACGCCUUAAUAGUUACAUAGCCACUAAAGUUAUUGCAUUAGGUGGUGGUUAUAUUCGUUACCCCGAAAUCACUGAUUCCAGUACUGGACUGUUUAGAGAUGAUGGGGUUCAUUUAUCUCACAUGGGAAAUGAAUUAUUUUUGUACAGGUUACAACAGGCUGUUCAGGCCUUCUUGAAAGACAAUGCAAGUGUUUCACCUUUGGUGGGAGAAGAUGGCCCAUGGCUCAGGAAUUAAACAUUAUUGGGUGGAAUUUCAAUUUUUCUUUUUUCUGUGGUGGCGAUAUGGCUGAAUUUGAUUUAGUCAUUAUUCAGCCAUGUGGCGUUUUUUAGUUUUCGCCACCAGCCUUUUUUGUGCUGUAUUAAGUAAAAAGGAACGAAGUCAGCAUCUGUUCCCAGGGCUUUCUUCGCUCUUUUGUAUGUAAAAUAAUAAUUAAGUUUUCAUUGAGCCAUGGCCGUAUUCUCCCAUUCAUAAAAUAAACAAGUAUCAAAUUUUGA